UUUCAUCACGUUGGCUCUGAGUUUCGAUCUUCUCUCCUCUACUCCAAACUCUUGCAUAUUUUUUUUCCAUCUCAGUCGAUCUUCUCUCCUCUACUCCAAACUCUUGCAUAUUUUUCGUUCCAUCUCAGUCUCGCUUCUCUCGUCCGUGCUCCGAGGACAGUCCUCCCUCUGCUGCUUCUGAGACUGCCUACGCUGUCUCUGUCAAAAUCUCCAAAGUGUGACCAAUUGUUGUUCGUAAGAGGCGAUCGUGGAAGAAGGUGGAAGAAGGCGAAUCGAGAAGCUCUGUGCUCACAGUGUUAACAACAGAGGCUUGCUUGUGGAUUCCUCCUCUCGUUGCUCUUUCUCAAAACGACUCUGUUCGAGCUAAGCACAAGGGUUUAGUUUAUGCCGUGUUAGUUCUUCCACCUUGAAUAAAAUCGUCGAGUUCUGAAUUGGACCUUGAUCGGCCAAACAUUGAGGAUUACCUACCCUCUGGAUCCAGUGUUCAACAUGAACGGCAUGGGAAGCUCCGCCUGUGAUGAACCUGAUUGGUGAUGUUAAAGGAAAGGUUGCAGUAAUGGUGGAUGAUAUGAUCGACACUGCUGUGUUUGCAGGGGUAUUAAUUGUGAAUUUCAGUCAGCUGGAUAGUUAGCAAUCUGAUCCGUCCUUACCCUGCCCAUUCUGCAUAUCCUCAGCAUUCAUUGCUUUUUCAUUCUUCAUGACUUUUGCUCAGUGUUCAAUUUCCAACAUGUUUCAACAUAGAAACCAUGAUGAUUUCGCAACUGUGGCAGGGUUUGCUUUCAUUUACAUGGAAGAUGAACGAGAUGCUGAGUAUGCAAUCAGAAGGCUUGAUAGAACUGAAUUUGGUAGAAAGGGACGCCGGAUUCGUGUUGAGUGGACUAAGCAAGAACGUGACAGUAGAAGGUCAGGUGGUGAUUCCAGAAAACCUUCAUCUAAUUCAAGGCCAUCCAAAACUUUGUUUGUUAUUAAUUNUGAUCNAGUUCACGCCAGGACAAAGGAUCUGGAGAGACAUUUUGACCCUUAUGGGAAAAUNUUAAAUAUAAGGAUCAGAAGGAAUUUUGCUUUUAUUCAGUAUGAAUCACAGGAGGAUGCUACUAGAGCUUUGGAGGCGACCAACCUGAGCAAGUUUAUGGACCGUGUUAUCACGGUGGAGUAUGCCAUAAGAGAUNAUGAUGACAGAGAUAGAAGGAACGGAUACAGUCCUGAAAGAAGAGCUCAUGACUCGCCUGAUGGGAGAUAUGGUCGUGGUAGAUCGCCCAGUCCAUAUCGUAGAGGUAGGGGUAGCCCAGAUUAUGGUCAUGGAUCAAAUCCAUCUUCUCGACCAGAAACAAAAGGAAGCCCCAAGUAUGAACGAGCUGAAAGUCCGAUAAAUNGGAGAUAUGAUAGGUUUGAUCUAAUUUACUUGUUUUGUUUUCUUAAAAUAGUUUUUGGAGCUAUUUCGUUAUGUUCUGACUUUUUUACUGUUCCUGCANCCGGUCUCCACCACCCNGAGAAAGGUCANGUUCUUGAGGAAAAGCUGUAGACUGUGAAAUUNUUGUUAGAACCUUAAAUUGGUAAAGACAUUCUAGAUGUUAUUAAAUGUGUUGCAUGUCAAAUUAUGAAUUAAGUAAAGACAUUCUACUUAAUUAUGAA